AUCUGGGUCCAAGGGGGCGCGGUCAGGACCUGCAGGAGGCGGGAUCCGGCGGGCCGGAGGCGGGACCAAGGCCGGCAGGGGCUGGCUCGGGCUGUCUGGAGGCGGGCGGGGCCUGUGGCCGGCCUCCGCAUCACCAUGGCAGCGGGAAUGCCGCGGCAAAGCCAGAGCAGGGGCAGGCCAAGCCCAGGAGGGCUGGGGACAGAGAUGCUGAACCACACGGACCCAUAAUUUAAGAGGUGGCCCUGAUUCAUCUCUUCUAGGGACUCUUGAAGAUGGGGACCCAAGUGGUUAUGAGAUUUACUAACUCCUUGCUGCCAACAGAGCCUUCUCAACAGCUGCAGGCCUAUGUGGCCUGGGUGAAUUCACAACUGAAGAAGAGGCCAGCAGUGAAGCCUGUGCAGGACCUGCGACAGGAUCUCCGGGAUGGGGUGAUCCUGGCAUAUCUCAUCGAGAUUGUUGCAGGAGAAAAGCUGAGUGGGGUACAGCUGAGUCCCAGUAACCAACAGGAGAUGAAGAAUAAUGUGGAGAAAGUGCUACAGUUUGUGGCCUCUAAAAAGAUUCGUAUGCACCAGACUUCGGCUAAAGAUAUUGUGGACGGAAACCUGAAGUCUAUCAUGAGGCUGGUCCUUGCCUUGGCAGCUCAUUUCAAACCUGGCUCUAGCAGGACGGUGAACCAAGGACGGGACUCCAGAGCCCCUUUACAAAAUCACCGACCACAUUGUGCCACUGCUGUUGCCCAGGGAGCAGCUGCUGCUCUGGCCGAUGUGUGUCAUGACAUGUCCCGAUCAGGACGGGAUGUCUUUCGAUACAGACAGAGGAACAGCAGCAUGGAUGAGGAAAUUGAGAAUCCAUACUGGAGCGUGCGGGCCCUAGUGCAGCAGUAUGAAGGGCAACAAAGGUCCCCGUCUGAGUCCAGCUGCUCCAGGUAACUGUGGCCUCUGAAACCUGAAUUCUGGGGGAUUCUUGGAGUUCUUGGCUUCAAGUAACAAUACAACAAGCAAAAAGGCAUCUAAGCCCUUUUUCUCCCCUCAGUUUAUGUUUGGCUUUAAAGGGAUACCCCUUAGCAGUGCUUUGUGGGUUUGUGCUGGCAGGAGGGUAGGAAGGUAGGGUCGGGUGCUGCUAUAUUUCCCACAAAUGGAAUCUGUGCAGUCCCAGUGCCAGUGCUUAACUGUGACCACAUGGGGGCAUGGCUGGAACCUGUCAGGGCCCAGUCCAGUGGUUCUGACAUUUGCAUAUCAGGUGCCAGUGUUUAUGAUAGCCAGUUCCAUUGUGCUGUCCUUGAGCCUAAGUGUAACUCUUAAGGUAUGGCCUGAAAAGUCUGUGUAAAGCUCAUAGAAAUUGAGCAGAGUUGUCUGAGAGCAUUAGAAUGUUUCCAGCUUUCCUCUACAGGAACUGUGGCUGAUUAGUAUGCAUUUGAGCAAGCUAAUGAUGUUUGCGACUCUAGCUAAAAGUUGUCUGUAUUCCUUAGAGCCAAGUACAGAGACCAAAACAGGAUACAGUGCCCUAAUAAGAACCUUAUCAGUGGCAGAAAAAGAUUACUUUCCUGGCUUAUGUAAAUCAUGCUCCUAUAAACACUCCCCAGAUCAUGUUUUCACUAACUUCAUUUUGUUGCUGAAUCAUAAUUUAUGCUCUAAUGACCUUUUCUUUCCUAUCCCAGCCCUGUGUAAUCUGCUUUAUUUAGGGCUAAUUGUUAUUUGUAUUGUAUGUAUGUUAUGUGUCUUUGUUUUCUUCCUCCUCUUUUUUUCUCAUAAAAUUCCAUCCUAUUUUGAUGCACCAUUUCCUAAUUUAUUGAGGUCAUAUGGAACUCUUUCUAGUAUUUUAAUAUACUGCUAACUUUUUACCUUUUACAUUUAAUUGAUGGGCUCUUUUUUAUUUAUAAAAUUCACCUAACAUAAAAUUAACCAUUAAACAUUAUAAAGUGUA